AUGCAUCGCUUCGUCGCGGGAGUUGCCGUCUUUCUGACCGCCAUGCAGUUUCCAGGCGCAGCGAGCCAUCCGCUGGCCGAGCCGCAGCAGCUGAGAGACAGCUAUCCCAACCUACUGUCGUCCUUUUCCGCAAUCCUUACGCCCGCCUCCACUCCUACGACUCCUACGGUUAUUUCUACGCCUUCAGUCCUCUCUAUCGGCGCUACCGCUUCGCCCAUCCUACAGUCUAUUGCUCCACCUCUCGAACCUCAACCGUCCGGCGUUGUCCACACCUCGCUCGAGUAUUAUCCCCAAGUUACCACUGGGAACCCGUGGAACCGAGUCCAGCCUUCUCCUGCCCCCAACGUCUCCGCGUGCAGAUCCAACUACAGUCGCCCUCUGACACCUGGAUACAAACCGAAUCCCAACUCCUACCCUUACGCUCCAGCCAGAAUGGAUUCCUCUAACCUCUUCGUCGCUGUCCCGGGUAAUGCCUCGAUUCCCGAGCAGAUCACACCACGUGCCCCUCAUCCCCAGGGCUUCGCGGGAAUCGAGAAUGCUGGCACAAGUCCGAUUCAGACCAACAAGUUCUAUGCCAACAUGUUCCUUGGCCAGCGUAAUCAGAGCGUCUGGACUCACCCCUACUCUGUCUCGCAGGCCAUUGGACAACUUGCAUUUGGCCCCGACACACCACAGGGGAGCAAGCGUUACUUCAUUUCACCGAUCGGCAUUCAGUCACUCAUCCUCUCCGCCACAGAGAUCGGUCCCGAGGCCAACCUCACGCUCGAUUCUCUUCAGGACAUGUCUGUCAAUGCCAACCUUUCGCCGAGAGCAGGGGCUCCGCCUAUCAUCACCUUCCCGCUCGUUCAAGGAAUGGGCUUCGUCACAGCUAUCUACAAGAACGCGCAGCCGAGCAUCGACUCUGGCGUCUUCUAUCGGAACGUCAGCGGUCCCUUCCAAGUCGGAAGCAGCUACAAGUACAGCAUACUUCUGAAUGAUGGCAAGAACUGGGUCCUCUACGCCACUCCUGACAGCAACAAUGGUGCCCCUGUUUUCUCUCUGAACACCAACACUACACUCACUGGACCACAGGGUUGGAGCGGCAUUAUCCAGGUGGCCAAGAACCCUGCUGGUACAGAUGGUGAAGCUGUCCUCGACAGGUCUGCUGGUGUCUAUCCCGUCUCGGUCGACAUCUUUGGGAGCGCCAGCGGGUCAACUGCUCAGUACGGAUUCACCUUUGGCAAGGCCGGCAAUGUCGCAAAGACGUUGUUGAUGUAUGCACUGCCGCACCACGUGCAGAGUUUUGACGACCGCUGGACUAUGGUUGAAGAGAACGUUCCCAUCGACAUGAGCUUCGGUCCGUGGGCGCUUGGUAGAGGCAAUGUCGCCUCGAUCAAUUCGGCUACCGUCCAGUGUGCCAUCGCAACCGCUGCCGGGACGGAACUCCAACAGGACAUACCGGCACAGACGAACCUGGAUUCCAUGUACUUCAGCGGUAAGGGUCUGGCCAAGUUUGCGACAAUCAUCUAUGCUGCCCGUGAUUUGGCAGGUGACUCUGCAGUCGCCAGUCAGGGGCUCGAAAAGCUAAAGGCAGCUUUCGAUGUGUUUGUCAGCAAUCAGCAGAGACAUCCACUUGUAUACGACAACUCUUGGAAGGGUGUUGUUUCCAGUGCUGGCUACGAUGAUCCAAACGUGGAUUUCGGCAACACAUACUACAAUGAUCAUCACUUCCAUUACGGCUACCAUGUGUACACGGCUGCGAUCAUUGGAUACCUGGAUCCAUCUUGGCUCACUGAGAGGAACGUCCAUUAUAUCAACACGUUGGUGAGGGACUUCGCAAAUCCAAUUCGGGGGGAGCGAUUCCCGUUCAGCCGUUCUUUUGAUUGGUUCCAUGGACACAGUUGGGCAAAAGGGCUCUUUGAAUCUGCAGACGGCAAAGAUCAGGAAUCUUCCUCUGAGGAUUCGUUUGCUUCGUACGGCUUGAAGUUGUGGGGCAAGGUCAUCGGAGAUGUAAACAUGGAAGCACGAGCGAGCCUGAUGCUGGCCAUUCAGAAUCGCAGCUUCAACAACUACUUCCUGAUGCAGAGCACGAACGCAAUCCAACCACCGGAGAUUAUCGGCAACAAGGUGACUGGGAUCCUGUUCGAGAAUAAAAUCGACUGGGCUACGUACUUUAGCGACGCUUGGUGGUGCAAACAGGGGAUCCACAUGAUCCCGGUGCACGUCCCGUCGGCCUAUAUUCGCAAGCCAGAGUUUGUGGAAGAGGAGUUCGACACAUUCAUGAGCAACGGCCGUAUUGCGGAGGCCGAGGGCGGUUGGAGAGGGCUGCUGGAGUCCAACUUGGCACUCGUCAAACCGGCAGAAGCGUACGACUUUUUCGCGGACCCGGAAUUUAACACGACACUCCUCGAUGGCGGAGCUAGUCUUACGUGGUACCUGGCUUACACGGCAGCACUUGCGGGAAUGUGA